AUGAACACGUGGCUCGCCAAGGCGCAGCAGCCCGACGGCGCGCCGCGUCCCAGCCCGCCCGCUGCUGUGCAGCGCCGCGCGCCCGUCGCGCAGACGACCGUGCAGAUCACCUUCACGCUCGACUUCGACGCCUUCCUCGGCGAGGAGAACUACCCCAAGGACCCCGCGGCCUUCAAAGCCAAGGUCGUCCAGUGGUUCGAGCGGCGCGUCGGCCUCACCGGCGAGGCCGUCGGCAAGUUCCUCACGCAGGAGAAGCCGACCAAGGUCGUGAUCGUCGCCCCCGGCACAAAACUGGCCGUCUACGACCCCCGCGGAUGCGUGCUCGUGCCGCAGCUCGUGGCGACGGCCACCCGCAAGGUCGUCGUGCCGGUCUUCAUGGGCGACAUCCAGGAGCGCGACCGCGAGCGCCUCGCGUCCCUCGCCGUCUGCGGCUCCCUCGUGCACACCUACGUGGGGCGGAACGAAGGAGUUCGGACUCGGAUCCCGUCGUCUUCUCUGUACGCAGAAAAGUGA